UAAAAUAAUAUUUUGCUGUUAGGUACCUAUAUCGUUGAAUCAAACGCUAUAGUAAUCCUUUCAUUUAAUUAAUUUAAUAAAGUGAAAAACUACAGUAAUCCACUUGUUAUAAAAUAUAAAAAGUUGUAAAUAAAAAAAUCCGAAAAUGGGGAAGGGAUUUAAUAAUUAUAUGUGCAAGAAAUUCUUUCACCCAGCAUCCAGGGAUAACUUAAAAAGAGUAUGGAUGGCAGAACAAAAAACUGAUGCAUAUAAGAAAAAACAGGAAGAAUUGCGUGUUCAGUAUGAAAAAGAGCAGGAACUUCAUGAAAAUAAAGCAUUGCUGAGUAAGGACAGUAAAGACAAACUAAGUUUAAAUUUCAUGUAUGAGCCUCCUCCUGGUGUGAAAAAAGAAAGAGAGAGGGAGGACAAUGAGCCUGAAUAUAAAUUUGAGUGGCAGCGUAAAUACAAUGCCCCGAGAGAGAGCUACUGCAAAGGGGACAAUGAGAUUCGAGAUCAACCUUUUGGAAUAUUGGUUAGGAAUGUCAGGUGUAUUAAAUGCCACAAGUGGGGUCACAUAAACACUGACAAAGAAUGUUCAAUGUACACUCUAUCAAUGAGUGAGGCUCGAGCAUUGCAGGCUGCAUCAUCAAACACUCAGGAAGAAGAAGAAGAAAAGCCUGAUGUACCAACAUUGAUGCAGCAGAUGUGUGAUACAGGCUUGGUUAUGAAACCAGGGGCACUACCCCUGGCUGCAACUAAAGUAGAUGAUGAUGAUCCUUCCGGUUUAACUGAAAUGGAUCUUAUAAGUCAGUUAACUAAGAAACAAAAGAAGAAAUUACUAAAGAAAUUGGAGAAGAUGGAAAAGAAGAAGAUUAUAAAAGAGAAGAAACACAAACACAAGUCUAAGCAUUAAGUGAAGUAGUGAAAAGAAGAUUUAUUUCAAAACAUAUGUUUACUUUGAAA